AUGGCUUCCAAAUGCCUCAAGGCCAGCUUCUCCUCGGGGUCCCUCAAGGGCCUGGGAGGGGCCCACGGGGGCUCGCCCCGCAUGUCCACCGUCUACUCCAGCAGCUCCUGCAAGCUCCCCAGCCUCUCCCGUGGGGCCCGGAGUUUCUCCACCUGCUCGGCUGGGCUGGGCAGGAGCAGCUGCAGGGCCGCCAGCUGCCUCCCUGCUCUCUGCCUCCCGUCUGGAGGCUUUGCCACCAGCUACAGCGUGGGCGGGGGCUGGUUCAGGGAGGGCAUCCUGACGGGCAGCGAGAAGGAGACCAUGCAGUUCCUGAACGACCGCCUGGCCAGCUACCUGGAGAAGGUGCGGCAGCUGGAGCAGGAGAACGCCAGCUUGGAGAGCCGCAUCCGAGAGUGGUGCGAGCAGCAGGUGCCCUACCUGUGCCCUGACUACCAGUCCCACUUCCGGACCAUCGAGGAGCUCCAGAAGAAGACCCUGUGCACCAAGGCAGAGAACGCCCAGUUGGUGGUGCAGAUCGACAAUGCCAAGCUGGCCGCAGAUGAUUUCAGGACCAAGUAUGAGAUGGAGGUGUCCAUGAGGCAGCUGGUGGAGUCGGACAUGAAUGGGCUGCGCAGGAUCCUGGAUGAUUUGACCCUGUGCAAGGCCGACCUGGAGGCCCAGGUGGAGUCCCUGAAGGAGGAGCUGCUCUGCCUCAAGAAGAACCAUGAACAGGAAGUCAACUCACUGCGCUGCCAGCUUGGUGACCGGCUCAACGUCGAGGUGGACGCUGCCCCGCCUGUGGACCUGAAUCGCAUUCUGGAUGAGAUGAGGUGCCAGUACGAGACCCUGGUGGAGAAUAACCGCCGGGAUGCUGAAGACUGGUUCAACACCCAGACCGAGGAGCUGAACCAGCAGGUGGUGUCCAGCUCAGAGCAGCUGCAGACCUGCCAGGCGGAGAUCAUCGAGCUGAGACGCACGGUCAACGCCCUGGAGAUCGAGCUGCAGGCCCAGCAGAGCAUGAGAGAUGCUUUGGAAUCCACCCUGGCAGAGACGGAGGCCCGCUACAGCUCACAGCUGGCCCAGAUGCAGUGCCUGAUCGGCAACGUGGAGUCCCAGCUGGCCGAGAUCAGGGGUGACCUGGAGCGGCAGAACCAGGAGUACCAGGUGCUGCUGGACGUCCGGGCCCGGCUGGAGGGUGAGAUCAACACGUACCGGGGCCUGCUGGAGAGCGAGGACUGCAACCUGCCCUGCAACCCCUGUGCCACGACCAAUGCGUGUGACAAGCCCAUCGGGCCCUGCGUCACCAAUCCCUGCGCCCCUUGUGGCUUCCGAACCCGCUGUGGGCCCUGCUAGACAUCCUGGUGCCAGCAGGAGGAUAGCAUGAAGACAGAAGACCACGGAUGGACAAGCCCUGUUUCUCUGACAACCAUCACCGCAGGCAUCACCAUCAAUCCUGGUCUAGAAGAAGAACAUAUGCCCAGCA